ACCACCACCACCACCACCAACAACAACAAUGCCACCCAAGAUACCUCUAAAUUGGGGGCUCCCACCCCCUCAAUUCCUCAUUCCCUCGACGUCAGCGCGAUGUGUCCUCCUCCAGCAGCAAACGACGCCAACAACCUCGCUCAGCUACACCUCGAUCCGCACCAUCAAAUCCACCUUCACCCCCCACCCCGACCGGUUCGCGCACCACCCCUCGAAACCGGCCUUAGGCAGCAGCUCUACGGCGGCCCUGGAGCGCAAAGCGCACAGCACACCGCUCCGCACGGGUCUGCUCGCGAUAAAAAAGGGCAUGACGUCUCUGUACGACGCGGAAACGGGCAAACGCACCGCCUGCACCGUCCUCCAAUUCGACCGCAACCAAGUGGUCGCGCACAAGCGACGCGACCAGCACGGCUACUGGGCCGUGCAAAUCGGGGCGGGCCAAAAGGAGGCCCGCAACGUGACGAGGCCGAUGCUGGGCCAUUUUGCGGGCGCGGGCGUGGCGCCCAAGCGGUGGGUGGCUGAGUUUCGAGUCAAAGGGGAGGAGGGGUUGCAGGUGGGUGUUGGGGAGAGUGUGGGUGCGGGUUGGUUUCGUGAGGGGCAGUGGGUGGAUGUUAGGGGCGUGGGGAGGGGGAUGGGGUUUGCGGGUGGUAUGAAACGACAUGGCUUUGGCGGUCAACCCGCCUCCCAUGGUCAGUCGCUUAUGCAUCGUGGUAUGGGUUCUGCGGGUGGAUCCCAGGGCUCGGGUUCCCGUGUGUUGCCUGGCAAGCGUAUGCCGGGGAAUAUGGGGAAUGAGAGUGUUACGGUGAAGAAUUUGAGGGUUUUGCAGGUGGAUGAGGGAAAUGGGCUCGUUGUUGUUACUGGUUGUGUACCUGGUCCUAAGAACCAAAUCAUCCGUGUUCAAGAUGCGCUGGGUAAACCAUGGCCAGCGGGUCCCAUGAGCACGGCUGAACUUAAGCCUCAGGAGGUACUGGUGGCGGCUGAUGCUGAUGCUGCUGCUGCUGAGGCGACUACUACUACCGCUUAGAUGAACGAGUAUGUGGGAUGAAAGGAAAGUAUUGUAUCAUAUUAUACGAUUGAGGCGUUGGAAAAUGCAUCUGUCUGGCGCCAUAUCAGCGUGCAUAUGUUGUGGAAUAGAAUUGAGUGUAGAAAAAGUGUACAUGAUAUCAUAGGACUAAACAAGAGAAGGGAAUGAAAAACAAUCAUCAAGUGAGUUGUCACUCCGCCAUGGCUCAAGGAAAAAAGUGUCAUUAAUCAUGGUAUUCAUCGCCAAAAGCCCCAAGAAGUCCAAUUGCAAAACAUAAUGAAAAAGAAAAGCUCAAAAAAAAGGGCAUCA